CCGUCGAUGGGAGCCCCCAUAACUUAAGGGCCAUAUCCCCAUGGCCUCCAUUUCAGAGCCAUCCCUUUGCCCAACGGGCCCUGUUGUCAAGGUGUCAAAGACGCAUGUCAUUCGACAAUGACUAGAUCAUGAUGCAGGGCAAACUGGUCCGAAUAUUGUAUAAAAUCUUACUUCGGAAGGACAUAGUUAUUGUAGUUGAGUGGCGAAUACUGUUUCAGUUGCUGCUGGAUAUUGCUGGGCAGAGCGCAUUCAGUCUAGCUCAGUUACCCUGGGUGGGAGUAUGCGUGGAAAUCGUCGAAGCCGAAGUUUGACACCGGGAAGGGGUCGAAAGAUCCUCGCCAGCAUCGCACUUCUUACCUUCAUACUGUCGUGCAGCUUGUUGGGAGCGUAUCUGAACCACGUGCGCGGCGAUGGCGAUUAUAUACAGCACGACGACGAUUACUGGUACCAUCACAUCUUCAGUAGAAUAGCUGUAGCGGUACCAACUGCUGUGAUCAUGGCAAUCUGCGCGGGAAGCUGGAAGCCUCUUCCCAUCGUGGCAGCCUUGACGACCUGCAGUCUUUUCAUUGGCUGGGGAUGCUACUACAAUGUGGCAUUUGACAAGACAGGAUACCCCGCGCGAUCCGGUGUGUUUGACUGGCUCAUUGGACGCCAGGAGCAGGACUGGUCCACUGGUAGGAUAUUUGCACACAACUUUGCUGGCAUGGCACUGCGUGGCCUUGCCUGGACUGCACCGCAAGGCUACAUACUUUUCCAUCUAGGCUAUGGCUGGCAACACGCCGUAAGUGGUGCACUGAUGAGCACUGUCUAUGCACUGGGUUAUGUCAUGCCCUCGGCUGGUCACAUGACCAAGGGUACAAACUGGAGCGAGUACAUCUGGGGUUACUGGAUAUGGGCGGUUGGAAUUUCUGCAUCGCUGGCUAGUCUCAUGGAGCAACUCAAGGAGAAGUAUCACAAGGGUCCCAGUAAACAGACAAGCUCGUAUCUGUCAGUGUACAUUAUGAACCGAAGCCUAGCUAUCCUAUUUGAAGUGUGGUGUGCAGCGCUAAGCCUGGUCUUCAUUUGUUCCACAAUCUGGUAUUCAUUCGUACAGCAGAAAGAUGUUCGGAACAAGGGCCAGACCUUCUUUGGCAUGUUUACAGUUUCGACGUCAAUGUUUGUGGCACAGAUGUUGGUGUAUGCAUCAAUUUGGCUGACACGGCAAAAAGAUAUUGAUUUGACAUAUGAAUUGCGCACUGUGGCAAUUCUGUGCCGAAGUCCACUGAUCCUGCGCAACCGGGUAUACUUCUCAACGCGCCGCUUCAUACGCAGUGUGGCUGCGGCAUCCAGAGACCGGGAUGCAGUAGGCGGCAGUGAUGCAGGUGCACCGUACAGCAAUGGCAUAUCAAGAGGCACAUCACCAAAUGCUGAGCAACACCGAACUCUGCCAUUUGAGUCCAGCGCGGUUAGUUCUAGCAGCCGCCCGGCUCCUGCGGAGACUUUCGAAGCUGAUGAUUCUGACUCUAGUGAAGGCGGUGAAAUAGACUGGGAUGAAGCAUUUUCAACAGACACAGCCGGGUCGCCACAUGUUCAGUACAUCAUCCAGGUUGUACCGUACAAGGUCUGGUUACUCGCUGAUGAGUUCCUGUUUACCUCGCUACCAGCAGUGCUUAGUCUUGUACUUGGUGUGAUCUCCUUGCUGGCAUGUCUCAUAACUGGGUCUCUUGUCAUUGUGGCUGCUUUCUGGAAUCUUACAGCACCGAGGUUCCUGGACGUCUGUGAAUGUUCCCAAUAGCAUACAAGACAGCCUAGCAAUAUAUUCUUGAGCACUUUGUUUGGUUGAGAAAACUGAUGUUGCGAUAUGUUUCACAACAAAGAGAGAUCAUUGGAAAAUUAUUAUUCAACUCCGAGUUUCACGUGUGCACAAUCAUCAGGCAGUAGCGGACCCUGCUUGCUCACAUCGCGAUACAUGCACACGUUCAUGUAUUGACAAUGUUAUGGUGUGCUGUGUGCUGUGUGUGUGUGUGCGCGCGCGCGCUUGUGUGUGUACACAUGUGUGUGUGUGUGUGUGUGUGUGUGUGUGUGUGUGUGUGUGUGUGUGUGUGUGUGUGUGUGUGUGUGUGUGUGUGUGUGUGUACUGUGCAUAUGUCACUGUUAGAUUAUAUUCAUGCACCGCUCGUUUUUUCUUGAUCCUUGACCGAUGUUGACCUUCAAUUUUUUUACUCAAGCUUACCGCUCUCACAUCAGCGUUUCCAAGUUGAAUGACCAUACUUGUACUUGAAAAGCCUCUUGUACGGGCAAAGCAAAUGACCAUACUUAUACUUGUACUUUUACUUAUGCAUUCGGUGUUUUGUGAUGGUUUUGUGUGUCCUGAAGAGUGCAUCUACUAUUACUGCCAUUGCACUUUCCAAUGACAAUGUUCAUAUCUUAGCCCCAUGCCCGAUUACAGUAUUUCGUAGGAGCAGUAUUAUUUUCACACACACAGGCAUAAUACUCCCCAAGUCAGAUUCUCUUGAACUUGUUCUCUUAGUUCCCACGCUGUUCAAUGAACAAUGUUGUAUUGACCAA